AAUAAACAAAGUAAUAAUUAAUACUUUGAUAGAAAAUUUACCCAUGGAAAUGUUGUCUCCCUUAGUAGAGACAGCGCCGCGACCCACGUAUAUGUCACGGGGAAGAUGUUUUUUUGAUUCAAAAGCAUUCCAAACACUAGUGAAGUGUGUCAUGGCAAUCGUUGUAAACAUUCCGAGGAUUUCUAUGAAAAAAAAAUUAUGUGACAAAGGCACUCAAACGGAAAUAGUUUUUAAAGAACCACCGGUCGUAGAUACCAAAACUACGCAAACAGACGCUGAGUCAGUCUCAGCACCUAGAGUUAAAAUAAACACACGUUCGAAUAAAGUGCAUCAAAGGAAGGAGUCGAAUAAGGAACAAACUGCACGGUAUUAUCAAAAUGUACACGCAUCUAACCAAACCGCAAAUGUUUAUAACAAUCAACAAGAACAGUUUUAUGAUAACCAGCAACUAUACCCACAAUUACCAGUGGAGCAGAGCUAUGUUCUGCAGACUCCUGAGUUGAACAGAAACAAUAUGCAGCCUCAAAUGAUGCAAUAUGGAAUGCCUCAAACAAAUGCUAUGAUGCAGGCAAUGGAAUCAGGCAGUAAUGGAGUUCAAACGAUGCAAGCGGUAAAUCAAUAUGGAAUACCUCAUACUCAAACUGCAAAUACUAUGAUGCAGAGAACUGACUGUGGCAUGAGUGGGAUGCAAAUGCCGCAACCUGGAAUACCUCAACACGACUCCUCAGCUGUACCUCAGAGAGCGGAUGCCUGCAGAAAUAGAAUGCAAACAAUGAUGCAAGCUAGAUCAUAUCAUCAUGCCAACGCAACUGUGAUGGCGGCUGUUAAUCCAACAUACUACAAUCACCACAAGUCUGCGAACGUACUGAGGCAGGAGAUACCAAGAGAGAUACCAAGAGAGAUACCAAGAGAGAUACCACGAAGCAAACCUGUGAUGCAGACCGGACAUCGCGCUGUCCCGUCGACAGGUCGCGGCCGUCGAACUCAUGGUUACUACACAGCUACCAACCCUCCUUACCCUAUAUAUCCUCAAUGGCAAAUGCCCGCCUACCAAGAUCAGUUCUGUAAUAAUAAUAAUUAAAAAUUCAAUUGAUAAACCAAUGA